AUGAUCCAGGAGGCCGAAGACAUACUGUGGCAGGAUCUGAUGUGGGUUGGACAGAAGAAGGACCGGUUCGAGAUUGAUCUGGAUUCGAUGCAGGACGAUCUGUCGUUGGCUGCACGUGGUGCUUCAUGGGUGACCAACGAAGCCAAUGGCAUGAAGGAUAAGACGCAGUGGAUGAUGGACCGAAUUUUGAAGGCUCCAAAAGACCAGCAGCUGUGGGACCGAAAGGGAAACACAUGGCGAAUGACUAGGGUCUGCGGGUACUCGUGCGGCCCAAAAGUUUCCACAGGGUCUGUGCACAACAGCCAAUUAGAUUGUAGGAAUCUACCAAGCACCAUGUACUUGUACCCGAGUACACGCGUAGAAAAUGUACACGCGUAG